CAGUUGUCUGCAUCUCAAAACAUUGCUGUGUGUUAUUUGGCCACUUUCCCUUGUAUUGGCAUUAGACUCGCUUCUCUGUUUGCUCUCAUCGAUCCCUUACUCUUCUUGAUCAUUUUCUUCUUCCUACCAUGUCUGGUGCAGAUGUUGGCAUUGCCUUUAUGUCUGCCUUCCUUCAGGUGGCUUUUGACCGGUUGGCUACCGGAGAAACACUUCGCUACUUCCAAAAGAGAGGAUUGAAUGAGACACUGGUGAAGAAAUUGAAGAUCAUGCUAAUAUCUGUGAACAGUGUAAUUGAUGAUGCUGAGUAUAAGCAGUUUAGUGAUCCAAAUGUGAGGGCCUGGCUUUUGGAGCUCAAAGACGCUGUGUACGAUGCUGAGGAUGUCUUGGAUGAGAUUAGCUAUGAACUCUACAAACGCAAGUUGGAAGCCGAAGCUGAACCUCAAACCAGUGUUACUAGCAAGGUACGCAAAUUCUUCAAUGCUUCUGCUACUUCAUUUGACCAGGAAAUUGAAUCAAGGAUGAAACAAGUCCUUGAAAGCCUUGAAUUUCUUGAGAGCAGAAGGAUUGGUUUGGGAUUAAACGAAGGUAAAGAUGGUGCUGUUGGGUCUGUCACAAAGCUGCCGACAACUUCUUUGGUGGAUGAAGUUGGAAUAUGUGGAAGGGAUAAGGACAAAGAUAUCAUCGUUAGGCAGUUGCAAAAUGACUGUCACUUUUCUGUGAUCUCUAUAGUCGGUAUGGGUGGGCUAGGCAAGACCACCCUUGCUCAGCUUGUUUAUAAUGAUAAAAGGAUUAAGAGUGAAUUUGACCUCAGACUUUGGAUAUGUGUUUCUGAUGACUUUGAUGUUUUGAGGUUGACAAAAAUAAUUUUCAAGAAAAUCAUGGCAUCUAACGAUGAGGCAGAAGAUUUAGAUGCACUUCAAAAUAAAUUGAAGGAUUGGUCGUCUAAAAAAAAAUUUCUUAUUGUUCUUGAUGAUGUUUGGUGUGAUGAUUACGUAUUAUGGGAAGCUUUUUUAGCACCUUUCAUAGGUGGGGUUGUGGGAAGCAGAAUUCUUGUUACUUCACGCAAUGAGAAAGUUGCCUUAGCCGUCCCCUCUGAUGAAAUAUAUCACCCAAAUCACUUGUCAGAUGAAGAUGGUUGGCUCUUAUUUACAAAGUAUGCAUUUCGCAACUAUUGUCCACCAACGAAUUUUAAUCAUGAAGAAAUUGGAAGAAAGAUUGUUAAAAAGUGCAAAGGUUUGCCUUUGGCCUUGAAAACAAUUGGGAGUCUCUUGUACAGGAAAUCAUCUUGGGAAGAAUGGAACAACAUUUUGAGAAGUGAGAUAUGGAACAUUUCUUAUAAUAAUAUUCUUCCUGCUUUGAUAUUGAGCUAUCAUUAUCUUCCUUCUCAUCUAAAGCGAUGCUUUGCUUAUUGUUCAUUAUUCCCGAAGGAUUAUGAAUUUGGCAAGAAGGAGUUAAUUCUAUUGUGGAUGGCUCAUAAUUUCUUACAAGCCUCUCAAUCAAAUAAGUCAAUUGAAGAAGUAGGCAACGAAUACUUCCAAGAGCUUGUGUCAAGAUCCUUUUUUCAGAAGUCUUCUGGAAAUGAAGCAUAUUUUGUCAUGCAUGACAUUCUCAAUGAUUUGGCAAAUUUUGUAUCUGGUGAGUUUUGUUUCAAGCAAGAGGUUAAAGAGGUGGCAUAUAAUUUAGAAAAAACCCGUCACUUAUCUUUUUUGUGUCAUGAAUACAGAGAAUAUAAAUGGUCUGAGAAUUUGCAAAAAAUAAAAAAAUUACAAACAUUCUUGCCUCUUUUGAAUAAGUGGGGUUUCAAGUGGACUUCGAGGGACCUAAUAUUUGAUCAGUUGUGUAAGUGCAAAUGUUUGCGAGUUUUAUCUUUGACUUCCAAUGACACAAUUAGGGAGAUACCUAAUUCUAUAGGAAAUCUCAUACAUCUGCAGUAUCUUGAUCUAUCUUAUUGCAAAAUUAAGAGACUUCCUAAGUCAGUAUGUCUUCUGUAUAACCUACAAACCUUGAAGUUGCUUGAGUGCAUGCUCUUGGUUGAGUUGCCUGCUGAUUUUCAUAAAUUAAAAAAUUUGCGUCUUCUAGAUUUACGAUUCACUUUCUUGAAAAAGAUUCCAUCAAAUAUGGGAACAAUGAAAAAUCUUCUAGUUCGGUUGGUAUCAUUUAAAGUGGGCAAGUGUAAUGAGCUCAACAUCAAACAAUUAGGCGAACUCAAUCUUCAAGGAGCACUUUUAAUUUAUGAGUUGCAGAAUGUAGUUCAUGGAAUGGAUGCCUUACAAGCCAACUUGAAAGAAAAGAAGUACCUUGAGGAGUUACGCUUCAGAUGGAAUGAAGACACCAAUGAUGAUUCUCAAAAUAAAAAGGAUGUGCUAGAGAAGCUCCAACCUCACCAAAACUUGAAGAAACUAUCAGUCGAGUACUAUGGUGGCACAAGGUUUCCAGAUUGGUUUGGUGAUAACACAUUAUCCAACAUAGCGGAGCUCCGAUUAAAAAGUUGCAAGUAUUGUUUCGAGUUGCCAUCGUUUGGCAUUUUGGCGUCUCUCAGGUCACUAUUCAUUAAAAAAGUUGGAUGGCAUUGUGGCUAUUGGUGCUGA